CCUCAGCACCCAGCCGCGUCUCGCUGGAAACGGACCCGCCCCCGGAAUUGUGACGCAACGGGCCUUAAAAGGGCAAUGCCACUCUGGCUCUAGUGACUGCAAUUAAAAGGGCAACGCCAUUUUACUCACUUGACAAGCUAACCCGCGACAGGUUUCUAACAGAAAUCCCCACCCUACGGAUGGCACAGAGAAACAAUAAAGAUAGAUAGACAAAGGCGCGCUUGGGGACCUCUAGGGUGUCUCCUGAGAACGGCUUGCCGGGAGUUGCACUUCCCCCUUUUCCAGGGCGGCCCUCUCUCCUCCUGGCCGCUGGGGGCGCUCUGAAAUCGGCCUCGGGGCCGCGCGCUGAUGGACUCCGGAGGAGCAGCUGGGCCUCUCGUUGGCUCGGGCCGGAGGCCGCCGGCAGCGUCGUGGCCUCGGGUCCUCAGUGCUUAGAUACUUAAAGAAGAUUUCUUGAAGACUGCUUUUGGAGUAAAAAAGCAUGGAUCCCAGCAGUGACUACCAUUACCUCAAUCAGAUUUUGUGGAGAAGGGUGAAACUCACAUUGGUUUGUGGCAUCUUUGAGGGAGUGCUCCAGCAUGUGGACCCUAACAAGAUUGUUAUCUUGAAGAAAGUGAAGAAUGUGGAGACUGGUCGAAGUGUCCCAGGAGUGAAGAUGUUUUUUGGACAUGAGAUUGUGAAUGUGGAACUACUGGAUGAAGUGGAACAAGGUACAGUGGGAGAAAAAGCAUCCUCUGUUAGUCUAAAUACAGAAAGAACCAGUUUGGAUAAAAUGAAAGAUGAAGACUUAAAUGUAUGUGAGCCUCCUCCUGCCCCUGAGGCACCAACCACCUCUCUUCUGAGUGACCUCAAGUACAGCCCAUCAGAGGAAGAAGAGGUGACAUACACAGUCAUUGAUCAAUUCCAGCAGAAGUUUGGUGCUGCAAUGCUCCACAUCAAGAAGCAGAGUGUUUUGAGUGUGGCUGCAGAAGGAGCUAAUGUGUGUCGUCACGGGAAACUAUGUUGGCUUCAGGUGGCCACAAACAGCCGUGUCUACUUAUUUGACAUUUUCCUUCUCGGAAAUCGUGCUUUCAACAAUGGACUCCAGAUGGUAUUAGAAGACAAGAAAAUUUUGAAGGUUAUCCAUGAUUGUCGUUGGCUUUCUGAUUGCCUCUCUCAUCAGUAUGGAAUUUUGCUGAAUAAUGUCUUUGACACACAGGUGGCAGAUGUCCUUCAAUUUUCCAUGGAAACAGGCGGCUUUCUUCCAAACUGCAUCAGUACUUUACAGGAGAGUUUAAUCAGACACCUUAAAGUAGCCCCUAAAUAUCUCUCCUUUCUGGAAGAGAAACAAAAACUGAUUCAGGAAAAUACAGAAGUGUGGUUCACACGACCUCUUUCACCCUCCUUGCUGAAAAUUUUGGCCCUAGAAGCCACCUACCUGCUACCCCUUCGCUUGGUACUCCUGGAUGAGAUGAUGUCUGACCUAACCACCCUGGUGGAUGGGUACCUAAACACCUACCGAGAAGGGUCUGCAGACUGGCUGGGAGGCAUGGAGCCUACAUGUAUGGAACUUCCAGAGGAACUGCUUCAACUCAGGGACUUCCAGAAACAGCGCAGAGAGAAAGCCACAAAAGAAUACAGGAUGAAUGCACAGGGACUCCUUAUAAGGACACUGCUACAUCCAAAGAAAUCCGUGACAGAGACAACGAAGAAAGAGGAAAAAUUAAGAGGUGUCUUACUUUGUGAAAAAGCUAGGCUAGAUAAAGCUCAAAGUUUUACAUCUCAUGAGGAUGUAAAUUUGCUGAAAGAAGCAGCUAAGAGUAAACAAAUUACAACAGAACCUCCACAUUUACCUCACAUAAAGCAGGAAGUCCGUGAGGAUUCCAGUAACAAAGUCAUUUGCCCUGAAUCAGAGGGAUUGGAGGACAAGAGAAUAAACCAGAAAGAACACCUUAAGAUACCCAAACAGGAAUUUCAAGCAGGUUUAUCUUUGAAAGAGGAGAUAGAACAGUUACUGAUGGUGAAAAACAAGGAAGAUCUAAAACGCACAAAACAAGGUGUCCCAGUGUCUCCUUCCCUUCCUCAGGAAGCCAGAAUGUCUCCAAGUGGCACCUUUCAUCCUUGUAGAAAAGCUGUGUUUCCCACACUUCCUCCCUGUCCAGCUUUGGAGGAGACUGAUUCCUGGAUAAAUUCUUCUUCAAAUCUGCCUUAGAGAGCUACAGUUUGUUCUUUAGGCCAAAAAGUGGCUCAUUUCUCCCUACCAUCAGGGCUUCCCUCAGUGCUUAAAUUUCUCAUGUUAUAAAUUUAGUUAUGCCUCAUUCAUAGGCUUCAGGGGAAAUUAUAUCCUCUUGCUUAUUCCUGGGAGUAAAUAAGUUAAAUAAUAGAAGAAGUAAAUUUUCUGAUUAUAUCACUGGGCAGAAGAAAUGUUCCCAGUGGCUAGAGUGAAUUAUUUCUCACAAUUUGAAUUUAGAGGAUUUGAAGAAGGGAAAAAUCUUGGGCUUAAUAUCUUGAAGAAUCUACACUUUUAAAAUUUUGUUGUGUUUUUUGGUUUGAAGAGUGUUGGUAAAACUCUUAGCUAUAAGUUUAAAAAUAAUUGGUACCUGACAACUUUAUUAGUUCUUUUUGCCUUUUUUUUUUAUGCCUCAUAAUUCUUUUUAAAAAUUAUUAAUUUAUUUUAGAGAGAGAAAAACAUCAUUUUGUUAUUCAAAUUUACGCAUGCAUCGGUUGAUUCCUGUAUGUGCCCUGAUGAGGGAUUGAACCCUAGACCUUGGUAUAUCAGGACAACGCUCUAACCAACUGAGCUACCUACCUGGCCAGGGCUCUUUUUACCUUUUCAAAAUAUUUACGUUGUCAAUUAUACGUCAAUAAAGAUGAAAAAAUAUUAACUGUUUUUGA